CGAAUCUUUUCGUUUGUCAUCAACCACGUGGCUUCAUCUCAACGCGUGGUCAUCCAGGUGGCUUACUUGACUUGCAAUCGGGAUCGAGAGCUUCUGCGAUCCACAACUCAAAAAAAAAAACUCUCGUCGCCUUCCAAUUUAGAAAGGAUUCGAGGUUGUGUACAUAAUCGGCGGCGUUGAACCCUCGCCUUUCUCCUCUCCUCGCUAGAGCUCACUGUCGGCACUGGCAGCACAUGUACACGAGCGUGGCCGUGCUCACGGACCCUCAGGGUUAGGGAUAGCGGGGCGAGAAAGCUAGAGAGACCUACUGACCGAUCCGCACGCACACAAGAGAGAGAGAGAGAGAGAGAGAGAGAGAGAGAGAGAGAGAGAGAGAGAGAGAGAGAGAGAGAGAGAGAGAGAGAGAGAGAGAGAUGAUGACCAGCAGGUACACCGGGAUUGAAGAUAACAGCGUGUUAAUCGUGCACAGCAGUCCACCAUGGAGAGAGAUAGCUCUGGCGGUUUUGCUGCUGACCCUCGGGUCGCUUGGAAUCAUCAUGGGAGUGUUCAUGAUGUACGACAAGGUGGGCGGCGACCGGUCGCACGGUGUUGUUUUCACACUACUUGGCAUCCUUUUGUUUCUGCCCGGCUUCUAUGUGACCAGGAUCGCUUAUUACGCCUACAAGGGCUACAAAGGUUUCUCCUUCUCCAACAUUCCCGCGGUUUGAUCGAUUAGCUCCGAUCGAGCACCGGGCUCAAGCACCAUCCCGAUAUACGUCGAAGCCUCGGCCGUAAUCCGCGAACGGAUCGGUGGUUAAUUCGCAUUCCUAUCUACUGUGUAAUAUAAUGUGAAAUUUCACUUUAGUAAAGUGAAAUUUGAGUGAAGUGAACCUUCCUUACUAUCCCGAUCGAAUACGCCUUUGGCAUAGAUGAGGUCAUCAUCGCCAGGGUCAUCGCCAUGGCCAUGAGGAGACGAAGGAGGGAAGGAGAGGUAGAGGGAGAGGAUGGAAGAACGCCCAUAGUAGUAAAGUCCAAGGCAGAUGAGGAGACAAAGGGUGCCCCUUUCGACCGUCAGAAGCCAACUUGAACUUGCUGACAUGUACUUCGCAUGCCAAGGGCGUUGGUCAUUCCGUCCAUGGAUGGGGAUCAGAGGUUGAUUGAUUGAUUGAUUGAUUAAUUGGCGUGCUUCAUCUCCCUCCCUCCCUCCCUCUCUCUCUCUCACCCUCUCUCUCUCUCUCUCUCUCUCUCUCUCUUCCCCCUCCCCCCCCCCUCCCCACGCUCCGCCUUUUAAAACAAUUAUACUACCGGUUUGCAGCAUCAUUGGUGGGCAAUCUUCUUUCGCAAUUCGGGAGGGGAGUAAGGGGUGCUCCAAAAUAGCGUUGUUGUUCGAGUGAUUGUUUGCGAAAUUCCUUAGUUCCAAGGCCGAUCUGGGAGUGCGGCGAUUCUACAGAAGAUGUGUACGGAAUCCCUCUCGCUCUCUCUACAGAAGAUGUGUACGGAAUCCUUUAAGCUGUUUGUCUUCGUCCUGAUGGGGGAAAAGAGGAUAAUCACGUGGAACGGUGAUGAUGUGGUUGCUGAACGUGGGCGAUAUCUCUGUGAAGGGGGGGAAUCGAUAGCAAUGAUGCUGGUUACUGAACGUGAUGCGUCCGACGCCGGUGACGGACAUACUCGCAAGCGGUCGGAACAGGAAGGCGGCGGCGAUGAGCAACUUCAUCGGCGAAUGAACGGUCGAGGCGGGGUCGGCGGAGGCGGCGGAGGAGGCGGCGGAGGAGACGGCGGCGGAGGCGGCGGAGGAGGAGGGGGCGUGGCGGCUCGUCUGAUGAUGUCACAGCCCCUUUAGUAGCAAACGAUGGGUAAGAAGAGGCGUAAGCGAUCCGUCCCUUCGACGAAGCCGGAGCUCUGGUGAGGCGAUGGCAUACGGAGGCGUAUGCAAGAAUUGUCUUCCAAAGAGAAGAUCAAGCGGAGCGAGACAAUUCAGACGCUUCCCGAGGGGACCCGACUUCUGAAGGUCGUGGAAAUCGUUUGUCGUCUAGGGACCCGCGAAUGUGGCGGAAGGUAGAGAGGAGAUCGAGCUAGAUAUACUAAAUGCGUUGCACGAGGAGACUGUGUGGGAGGAGCAUUAUCGAUUUGUAAACAAGUGGAUGAAGAGCAACAAGAAGUUGAUUGAUUGAAGAUGACGAAAUCCGUAGGGACGUCGGCGGGGGGGAUGGCGCAACCGCCUUUUCCUUCUUCGACCUCGCAAGGGGAGGAAGAGAAGACGAAACGGAGAAGGCGGUGGAGGGUGUCAUGAAAGAGAGGAAGAACGCGACGACGGGGUUAGCGAGGAGGCGGGGGGGGGGGUGUGGAGGACGUGGGAGGGGUGGAAGUAGAAAAAUUGUGUUGGGAGGAACGACCGAGAGAGAGGUCAGUCACCUCGAUCAUUGGCGUGAGAUGGUAUGGAGAAAGAACGGCGUGGUUUCUGAUGCUGCUGCAGAUACGCAAUGUGUUGACGUCCAAGGGAGGGGAGGGGGUCGCGGGGAGUCUUCCGACUCUCGGUCACGUUCGAGUUAUUCUGGUAGCGAUGCCAAUGAUACUAGUACUGGCUCUUCUUGUUCGUCUUCCUCUUCUUCCUCUUCUUCUUCUCCUUCCUCUUCUUCCUCUUCCUCUUCUUCCUCUUCUUCGUCGUCUUCGUCGGGGUCUUCGAAAUCCGAUCGCGACUCGAGGGGAGGCUCCGCUGAUUUCCGCAGGUUGUCGGUCGGACUCGUAGGCAGAUACGAAGGGAAGGUUAGUCGGUGGGGAAAAAGGGGGAGAUGUGGCGGAGGUUGGUGCGUGUUUUGCGUCGUUUGCUGCAGCUGCUCAUGCCCUAGGGUUUCGGUUGAUUGAUCGAUGACUAUCGCGUCGUAAAGGGCCCCUACUUGUUGGUGAUUGUGGACUUUUUGAUGCCGUCUUCGUUUGGUUUGAGCGUUGCAGCGAAGUAGUCUAGUUUAUGCGUGUUGAGCACAGGUACGGCAAGUGGAUUGCAAGUCCGAUGGCAAGGCAAGGGGGAGAGGGAGAGGCCGAAGGAACCAGGCUCUGCUCUGAUCUGUUUCACCUCCUGGAAGACUACAGUUGUUGCUUGAAAACGAUGUAAUGAUGUGAUGAAUUGUAAGACAAAUGUUCAUUGGGAGGAGGGAUUCGCAAGAGCUCGGGUUGAUCUGCGCUUUGUGAAAACCUUUGUUGUCGUGCAGACACGAUAUAUAGGGUUCAAACGCUGCAGAGGCCGUGCGCUUCUCAAGCUUCUCAAUGCUGCUGCGUUCCUUUCCGUCUUUAUCGGUACGUCUUUUCCAUAUCCUGUAGGGUAGAGAGGGACGCAAGCUGUGAAAGGAGGAGAGGGAGUUCUGUUUGGUGGUUGAUUGAUUGGAGUUUCUCCAUGUCGAUGGCGGCACUGGGUAGGAGAGGGGAGUUGGGCGGGGCGUCCGCUUGUCUCGUAUCUGCGCUUACUUCAGUGAAGAGGGGAGCGACGGGCUCUUGUCUACCCCCCUUUAACCCCGCUCGUGUUCCGGCGCCUCACACACACACACACACACACACACACACACACACACACACACACACACAGAGAGGAACGAGUGCGCCUGGAUUAGUUGGCAACCGACAGACAUACGGCUCUGGAGUAUGGUUAUGCUGUGAUGGCCGAGAGAGAGAGAGAGAGAGAGAGAGAGAGAGAGAGAGAGAGAGAGAGAGAGAGAGAGAGAGAGAGAGAGAGAAACACGGGUGUAAACUGACCCCCGCAUGAUGUGUUCGAGGAACGACCAUGGCACGUGACGAUGGUGACGAUGUAAUUAUGCUCUUGUGUUUGUGAG